AUGUCUUCUUCGGGGACGCUCAGCAACUACUACGUGGACUCUUUCCUCAUCCACGACAGCGAGGAGCUGGUGCAGUCCCGCUAUGGCUCGGCUUCUCUAGGUCAGCCGGCCAGGCAGGCGACCCUUGGAGACCACCCCGAGUUCACCCCGUGCAGCUUUCAGUCGAAAACCUCCGUCUUCAGCACUUCCUGGAACGCCGUGCACCCGCCGAGCGCUAACAAUGUGCCCACCGUGUACCACCCGUACGUGCAUCACCAGGCACCAAUGGCAGCGCCCGACGGCAGGUACAUGCGCUCGUGGCUGGAGCCCAUGCCGGGCUCCUUGUCUUUCCCGGGCUUGCCGGCCAGCAGGCAUUACGGCAUUAAACCUGAACCGCUCACGGCCAGGAGGGGUGACUGUACCACCUUUGACACGCACGCGCUCUCUCUGACUGACUAUGCUUGUGGUUCUCCUCCAGCUGAUAGGGAUAAGCAAGGCAACGACGGCGCGUUCUCGGAAAACAAUGGCGAGAGCGAGGCGAACGGAGACAAGCCCCAGAUCGACCCAAGUAAGUGCCAUCCGCCUGGGCUUGGGCGGGAGGAGGGUGGGCGGGUGGGUAGGGGGCUGGGUGUCGAGAGCCACCGUCUACCGUGAGCUAUGCGGCAAUGGCUGCUGGGUGGGUGGCUGGGUGGGGGCUUCUGUGGUCACAGAAGAACGUCCAGCGGCACCACUGAGCUUCUCUCUAUCUCUCUGUGUGUAGAAUUGUGUGCGUAAAACGGGAAUAUGGUUGCGCAUGCAUAUACGCGUGUAUGUACAUAUUUGGUGUCAGUCUUUGUAGGCUCACGGUCUAUGCAGCCAGCUAGGUCUGUGUGUGUUUCUCAGCGUCAAGGUGCCAGCAAAGUCCAGCAUGACCUCCCUGUCGCAACAGUGUGCAGGGGCGCGUCACCAGCAUGUUUUCCUGGGCGCACGCUUCAGCUACAAAGCCACAUUGGGGGGAUGGGAGGAGAGAGCCGGGCGGUGUAGGGGGGGCGGCGUGAGAGGGUGGUGGUCGCGCACAACCCAAGUUACUUGGGAGAGGCGAGGAAAAACAAAACAUUGGAUGUGAAUCUGAUCCCUUUGUGACGACUAGCUGAGCUAGGAAAGCCAAGAACAACAACUGUUCUUGUGUGUGUGUGUGUGUGUUUUUCCUAACUUCAUUUUAGCCCUCUCUUUGGCGACUAUUUAUUCCACUCCUUUGCUUGUUGCUAACACCUUCGCUUGCCUUUAGAACUGAGCUAGCGGAUCAAUAGUGCAGGCACGGCAAAUAAUGCCAAAUGCAAAUGUGUGAGUGGGUGUUUUCCCACCUAAAGCAAGCCAGGCUUAGCUUGAAGACAGGGCCGGGUGGGUGUGUUCCCUUAUCUCCUUGAAAGCGCCCAGCGGUUAUAUAAGAGAAGGUCAGAACUGGAAAGUGAAACAUUUUCCGUAUGACACUUAUUCUCAGGGGUUGUGCACCGGUGCUAUAUUUUUUUUUCCGGAGGGGGAGAGGAGAGAGAGAAAUCAGGGGGCUUGGCUGAGAGGAGGGUAAGCAGCAAAGGCAGGCUUUGAAAUUACACCCUAUAUAAACACUAUGAAGAAGUGAGGCGGUGGCCAGUGGGGUUUUCCCCUCCUCCCUUUCUCUUUUUCUUUUUUUACUACGCGUAAUUCUACGUGACCUUUUCCAUGUGUCUCAGUUUGGAGUCCAUUGUGUCUGACCCCAUCCUGUAUGUCUGUCCAAAGGAAAGGAAUGUCGUAAACCACCAAUAUCAGGGCAUCCAUGCUCUUCAAAAGGAAGGUGGUGGCUUGGGGGUGGGGGUGGGAGGAGGUGCUGUUUGUGUGCCUAUGGGGUGGAGGUGCAGUCAUAAUAGCAGUGCGGGGGGGGUGUUGGUGCGGGGUUCUGUCCUUCGCCAACUUAACCCUCUUUGGCGUCGUUUUCCUUGCAGACAACCCGGCCGCGAAUUGGUUGCACGCGAGAUCCACUCGGAAAAAACGGUGCCCUUACACCAAACACCAGACGCUGGAGCUGGAGAAGGAGUUUUUGUUCAACAUGUAUCUCACCAGGGACCGACGGUACGAAGUGGCCCGGCUCCUGAAUUUAACCGAGAGACAAGUGAAAAUCUGGUUUCAAAACCGGAGGAUGAAAAUGAAGAAAAUCAACAAAGACCGAGCGAAGGAUGAAUGA